AUGACUGUUGCCGACCCCUCGGACGAGGCGGCGGCCCAGCCGGGCCACCCGCAGGACUAUGACCCCGAGGACCACGAGUGCUGCGAGCGCGUCGUCAUCAACGUCUCGGGCCUGCGAUUCGAGACGCAGCUCAAGACGCUCUCGCAGUUCCCAGAGACGCUGCUCGGGGACCCUAAGAAACGCAUGCGCUACUUCGACCCGCUGAGGAACGAGUAUUUCUUCGACCGCAACCGGCCGAGCUUUGACGCCAUCCUCUACUACUACCAGUCGGGUGGGCGGCUCCGGCGGCCGGUGAACGUCACGCUGGACGUCUUCUCGGAGGAGAUCCGCUUCUACGAGCUGGGCGAAGAGGCCAUCGAGAUCUUCAGGGAGGACGAAGGCUUCAUCAAGGAGGAGGAGAGGCCUCUGCCGGAGAACGAGUUUCAGCGGCAGGUGUGGCUACUGUUCGAGUACCCUGAGAGCUCGGGGCCGGCGCGCAUCAUCGCCAUCAUCUCCGUGAUGGUCAUCCUCAUCUCCAUCGUCAGCUUCUGCCUGGAGACGCUGCCCAUCUUCCGCAGCGACGAGGAGGACAUGCACAAGGCCCACCCCAACCCCUACGCCAACGGCACCUACAUCUACACCUCCACCUACUUCACAGACCCCUUCUUCAUCCUUGAGACGCUCUGCAUCAUCUGGUUCUCCUUCGAGUUCCUGGUGCGCUUCUUCGCCUGCCCCAGCAAGGCCAGCUUCUUCGUCAACAUCAUGAACAUGAUCGACGUGGUGGCCAUCAUCCCCUACUUCAUCACCCUGGGGACGGAGCUGGCGGAGAAGGCCGAGGGCGAUGGACAGCAGGGCCAGCAAGCCAUGUCCCUCGCCAUCCUGAGGGUCAUCCGGCUGGUGAGGGUCUUCCGCAUCUUCAAGCUGUCGCGACACUCCAAGGGGCUGCAGAUCCUGGGGCAGACGCUGAAGGCCAGCAUGAGGGAGCUGGGCCUUCUCAUCUUCUUCCUCUUCAUCGGAGUUAUCCUCUUCUCCAGCGCGGUGUACUUUGCGGAGGCGGACGAGCCAGAGUCGCAGUUCUACAGCAUUCCGGACGCGUUUUGGUGGGCUGUGGUGACCAUGACGACAGUCGGCUACGGCGACAUGACACCGACGACCAUCGGCGGCAAAAUUGUGGGUUCGCUCUGUGCCAUUGCCGGCGUGCUGACUAUUGCCCUGCCCGUGCCCGUCAUCGUGUCCAACUUCAACUACUUCUACCACCGCGAGACCGAGGGCGAGGAGCAGGCGCAGUACCUGCAGGUGCCCCCCAAGGCCGAGUCCAACGAGGAGCUGAAGAGGAGCCGCAGCGGCUCCACCAUCAGCAAGUCGGACUACAUGGAGAUCCAGGAGGCGGUGCACAACAGCAACGAAGACUUCCAGGACGGGAUCAUGAAGGCCAACUGCACGCUAGCCAACACAAACUAUGUCAACAUCAAGAAAAUGCUGACGGAUGUAUAG